AUGUUGCGACGUAAAAUUGGUUGGGGUCCGUUGAAGCGACGAGCUUCGCUCAGUGUCCGAGCGAGUUCGAAAGGAAGCAAAAUGCACCUACAUCUGCGACAUUCACGUGGUGUCGAUGCAAAAGGACGAGUUCAUAUCUCAACGGAUGAAAUGGCGGAGAUCUAUCGAAAUUUUCAUCAAGCACUUAACGAGACAUACUGGGAAACAGCUUCAAACCAUAAAAUUUGCACAGACGCUAUGGAAACACUUAAAACGACUCAUAUCUCGAAGAAAAAUGGACGAUUUCUUGUGCUUUUCACAUCGGUGCUAUCUGAAGCCUACAGUCAUGCACAUUACAACGUUCAAGAAUUGCUCUACGAUGACAGAGAUCAGAUACGAGGUAAUUACUGGGCGGAUGUGGUAAGCUUUCACAAAGCAGUUAUGGCCAAAGCAGAUAAGGUGCAUGCACAUAGCAAAUGUUUGCAUCAAUUGGCUUUACUGCUGCAUUUUGCUUCACUUUACAGCCUUUACAAGGAUGUCGCUAAUGAGGAAUUUAUUAUAUCCCUGUAUCAACGAGCAGAAAACUACAUACUAAAUGAUCAUCAUCGACUAACUGAUGCGGAAGCGGAUCAAAUCAAGGAAUACCAUGAUGCUAUACAAACUAUCUACCAUCUUCGUGGUGAACGAAGUCGCCCUAAAGUAGAAACUGCUACGGAAAAAUUAGAAGAAGCUCCAACGCUAGCAUUGAACGAGAUUGAUGUUGUUGACGCUACGCGGCCAGAUCCGGUGCAGGAUCAGGAGGUUACUCUCUCUAAAGAUGAACUUUAUGCCAUUUACGAUAAGGCUCUUGAACGACAUAAGAAGAUGGUAAUGAAGAGACAGCAAACAAUGGAAGAACUGGAAAAAACGGUGACCGCGGAAAUUUCGCCCGUUUCCUCAGAAUGCUCCGUAGAAGAAGAGAAACUUGCUGAAACUCAGCAAGGGUCUAGAAAAACUUCAAGCCAAAACUCAACAGAUCAGAACAGAUGCGCAGGGGCUAAAUCGGUGGUUGUGACAUCUGAAAAGGAACUUGAGCAAGUGAUCAAAAAAUUGAAUCCAGUAGUGUUGUCGGAAAAGGUGGAAACGGUCAAAGAGAAGGAGCCUCGUACGAUAGGAAACUCGUCGAAACAACGACAAAGCGUCUCAUCAUCGAAACACUGUCCUGAACGUAGAAACACGCUCGCCACUGUUCCAACACUGAGGGAAUUUGCUGGAAAGAACGCAAUUGUUCUAGAUAAAUAUGACUUUAAAGGAGAAUUUGAGAGAAGAUGUGGUCGGAAAAAAUUCAUACCACCUACGGCUUUAAACCUUCCGAUAAUUGGACGGCCAAACAAAGAUGAUACCAUUCAGAGUUAUCGUAGGAAAGGUCUUUUUGAUGAUGUUGGCUUUCGACAACCGCCAAAUUUGCAUAAAAUGCAAUCGUUUACGGAAUGUGGUUCAUCCACGAACGCACACGCCAUGGUCACAUACGAAGAAGAGGAAGACCUUAGCAGAGAAGCAGAGGAGGAUGAUAUUCAAAAUAAUAAUUCACUCACACCUAAUUCUUAUAUGACAGAGAAGAUUAUAAAAGCAGUUUUGGCCGAGAAACCAAUAACAAAUACAAAAUUGAGAAAAUUCAUACAUCAAGUGGAAGAACUGAAUAGAAGAAUGAGAGCAGCAUGGGCAGCAUUCGCAGCCGUCAGGGAAGCUACGGACCAACUGACGGACCAUGAUCUUCGUGCCCAUCCUUUCGACUCGACAGUCCUUCCAGCGCUCUGUUACGCAGCGGAGACAGGAAUGUCCCGUCUUCGCGACCCAGCGGAAUAUGUAUCGAAAGCAAAACAUAGAUGGGCCGGUCACAUCAUGAGAAGAAUCGACGAUAGAUGGACUAAAAGAACGCUAGAGUGGAUCCCAAGGGACGCUAAACGCCCCCGAGGGAGACCGCCAACGAGAUGGGGUGACGUGUUCGCUGCACGGAUGGACCAGAACAUCUUGGAUGACAAUGGCGAGGGAACGAAACGAGUGGAAGAGAUGCUGGGGCCCGCACGUCUAGUGAAGACGGGCCAUCUAAGUAAUGAUCUAACGGAUCUAUCCUUGAGAAAAAAGAAGAUGGAGGAAGAAAAUCCAAAAAAUUUUCCAGGUAUGUCGGAAAAGGAGGAGCGACGUUCGCUCCGUCCGGUUGCUUUCGCUGCCGUCGUCUUCUCGACGGUUGCGUUGACGAGUUGUCUGCUCACUUUCCCGAUGAUUUUGCACUAUGUGCAGACUCUGGAGUCACAAGUUCAGCUCGAUCUUGAGUACUGUCAAGCUCGAGCACGUGACAUGUGGAAAGAGAUGUUGAGCAUAGAAACCGGCGGAAAACGUGAUGUUGCUAAGUUGGCCGAUAUUGUGAUGAGCCAUAGGAGACUGGAGAAAAGAGAUACGCUUGCGGACUUCUGGGCUCGUCGUCUGCAUGAUCAAGAGCUUCGUGACGAGCCAGUUGGGUACGACACUCCAUCAGCUGGCGUGGAAUCUGUAGCUGUAGGCGGGGGAGGUGCACAAGGAUGUUGUACAUGCAAUCGCGGACCACCAGGUCCACCAGGUGACGCUGGUCGAGAUGGAAUUGACGGUCUUGAUGGAGUUCCUGGUGACAUCGGACCUCCGGGUCCGCCAGCUCCACCAGGACCAGACGCCUCCACCCUCUUUCCUCCACAGUGCCCAUGCGAAGCACCGCCCGGAGAGCCAGGACCAAAAGGACAGCAAGGUCCGGACGGUCCACCUGGACCGCCUGGUUCCCCCGGAGAAGACGGGAAGCCCGGAGAUCAGGGUGCACGCGGAAGUCCAGGCUUGCCUGGACCAACAGGGCCAACUGGCCGACCAGGACCUCCCGGAGAACCGGGCACCUACAAAACAGAAGUUGGACCUCCAGGACGACCUGGUGCCCCAGGGCGCCCUGGACCACCUGGACAGCCUGGACCCCCGGGAGGACCUGGAAACGAUGGAAAGCCUGGCGCGCAGGGACCACCUGGAAUGCCCGGACCUCCUGGACAACCUGGACAGAAUGGACAGCCUGGACCUCCAGGACCGAAUGGAGAGAACGGAGCACCAGGAUCCUGCGAGCAUUGUCCUCCAGCAAGACUUGCUCCUGGAUAUUGA